GCAGAGCAUGGCUCGGAUCCCGCAGCGCCACCGCAGCCCCCCACGGGGGAGCGCCCUGCGCGCCCUGUUGCAGUGCAACCUGACCCCCGGCGCCCAGCGCGUGGUGGUCUCUACCGUCCUGGCCCUCCUCAUCUUCAUCAAUGUCGUGCUGAUAUUCCUGCUGGCCUUCCGUUGACCGCCUGCCGAGGAGGCGACGGGCUGGGGCUGAUCAGCGAUGGCAGUGUGGUCUGUGCUGAAGCACUGUGGGACCAUGUCACCAUGGAUGACCAAGAACUGGGCUUCAAAGCUGGGGACGUCAUCGAAGUGAUGGAUGCCACCAACAGAGAGUGGUGGUGGGGCCGCAUCACCGACGGGGAGGGGUGGUUUCCAGCCACCUUUGUGCGGCUUCGGGUGAACCAGGACGAGCCAGCAGACGACGAGGCCCAUCAGGUACAAGAGGACGGCAGGGUCGCAGAUGGCGAGGCGGAAGAAGGCAGCUUAGUGCAGAGCAGCAAAGACCAGAUGCGCACCAACGUCAUCAACGAGAUCCUCAGCACUGAGCGGGACUAUAUCAAGCACCUGCGGGACAUCUGCGAGGGCUACAUCCGGCAGUGCCGUAAGCGCGCUGAUAUGUUCAGCGAGGAGCAGCUGCGCACCAUCUUCGGCAACAUCGAGGACAUCUACCGGUGCCAGAAGGCCUUCAUCAAGGCCCUGGAACAGAGGUUCAACCGCGAGCGCCCGCACCUGAGCGAGCUGGGGGCCUGCUUCCUGGAGCACCAAGCAGACUUCCAGAUCUACUCGGAGUACUGCAACAACCACCCCAACGCCUGUGUGGAGCUCUCCCGGCUUGCCAAGCUCAGCAAGUAUGUGUACUUCUUCGAGGCCUGCCGGCUACUCCAGAGGAUGAUUGACAUCUCCCUGGACGGCUUCCUGCUGACGCCAGUGCAGAAGAUCUGCAAGUACCCUCUGCAGCUGGCAGAGCUUCUCAAAUACACACCCCCACAGCACAGGGAUUUCAAGGACGUGGAAGCUGCCUUACAUGCCAUGAAGAACGUGGCCCAGCUCAUCAACGAAAGGAAGCGGAGGCUUGAAAACAUCGACAAGAUUGCGCAGUGGCAGAGCUCCAUAGAAGACUGGGAGGGGGAAGAUCUCCUGGUCAGGAGCUCAGAACUCAUCUACUCGGGGGAGCUGACACGCAUUUUGCAGCCUCAGGCCAAGAGCCAGCAGAGAAUGUUUUUCCUUUUUGACCAUCAACUCAUCUACUGUAAGAAGGACCUGCUCCGCCGUGAAGUCCUGUACUAUAAGGGCCGCGUGGACAUGGACCGCCUGGAGGUCGUGGAUGUGGAAGAUGGGAAGGACAGAGACCUCCAUAUGAGCAUCAAGAAUGCCUUCAGGCUAUGCUGCAGCACCACGGGGGAGAGCCAUCUGCUGUGCGCCAGGAAGCCCGAGCAGAAGCAGCGCUGGCUGAAGGCUUUUGUCAGUGAGAGGGAGCAGGUGCGGCUGGACCAGGAGACAGGCUUUUCCAUCACAGAACUGCAGAGGAAGCAGGCCAUGCUGAAUGCCAGCAAGCAUCGAGCUGCUGGGAAGCCUAAGGCCACCAGCCGGCCCUACUACCUGACACGCCAGAAGCACCCAGCACUGCCGGCCGGCCUACCCCCCCAGCAGCAAGUCUUGGUGCUGGCAGAGCCCAAGCGGAAGCCGUCUACCUUCUGGCACAGCAUCAGCCGGCUGACACCCUUCCGAAAGUGAGCCUCACACCCUCACUCCCUGCACCCGGCCCAACAGCACUUUGGACUGCCUCAGCAAAGGGCCACGAUGCACUACGGUGCUUCAGCUCUUCUGCUGCGUCCUCCAUAUCCAGCCUUCCUUUGCCUGUUUAUUUUGCAAACUGGAAGUGAGUAGGGCUGAGGCAAAGGGAUUCUGGAUGCUGCCAGGAGUGAGCCAGGUUCUGUCUUACCACACUUGGAGACGGUGCCAGGACAGCAGGGGGUGCCCCAACACAUGCAGCACCCCACCCCCCCACCCCACCCCACAGGCCUGCCUGACUCCUGUGCAGGGCCUUUUGCCAGCUCUGCUUUGGACCUGAAAGCCCUGCCUCAGAGUUCCCCCACCUUCUCCUCUUGCAGCCCUGGGCCAAAACACUGUGGCCACUUUGGACCCUCUUCUUUGGAAAUCUGAUCAUCCCUCCACCUCCUCCUGCUUUCUCUGGGCAGGAGGGAAAGAUGCUUGGGCCCUUAGCUGCCUGCACAGCCCUCUACCAUCCUUGCAGGCCCCAGCCCCUGCCAGUGGUGUCAAGCACUACAGCCUGAGAAUGGGAAACAGGAACUCUGUGCCUAGACAUCUGGCCCAGAGCCCACCUGUUUUUCCCCACCCUUCUCUGGACACUCCUGGCUGCUGGACACUCUCUUCAUCUGUGUUUAUUUACAGUGGGAAGAAAAGAAAACUGUACUCAGCUGUGCUAUUAGAGUUUGUAGCCAGUCCAUCUGUAGCUGUGGGCUUACUCCUGAACCUGGUUCCUAUUUUCCUUGUUUGGAUUUUGUUUUGUUUUCUAACUAUGGAGAAAAAGAACUGUUAGUGACACAGAAAGAUUGCCUUACCCCCAAGCGUGAGAAGCCAUAAGGACUGAAUCCUGCAACCCAGCAUCUAGUGCCUGUCAACCCCAGGCAGGACUGUGGAGGAGGGAGUCCCAGCAAGGAUCAAGGAGUGUGCGGAUGCCAAGGGCCCACCCCAGCCCAGGGGAGCUCAGCAGCAUGUACAGUCACUCUUGCACUAAACCUUCUCCAAGCCGGAACAAAAUUUC